AUGGAAGCUUUCGUCGUUCAAACGAAAAUCACUCUUUCUCAAAUCAUUUUGCACUCUUUCGAGAUAGCAUUUUCAAACCAAAUCCUUUUUCUAAAAGAUAUCGGUGUUUCUAACGAGAAUCCGACCGAUAAAACGACGGAGGAAGAGUUUGUUCAGGGUUAUUGUUACACUCUACAAGCUAUUCAGAGGGAGACCAUGGAAUCUUUCAGAAAGACUUCGAGGAAGCUCGAAAGUGCAUGCAAGACAUUGAAGAAAACAAUCAGAUCGAUCAAGUACAACGUUAUUAAACAUGACAUGUACUUCCUGGCUUACCGAAGUUACCACCUUAGCGGCCUUGACUCAGAAUGUGCUUUCGAGAAGAGCCACAAAGCCAUCAUUAAAAGAGACAGAUACCUCACACAAAAAAAGUUCGACAAGUUGCAUUCUCGGCUACUCGAGCAGCUUUCAUCUUUUCUUGAUUUGGCUUCAGAUGCCCAUAGCAUCUUGUUGUAUAAAAUUGUAGAGCAGCAAUUGAAGAUGGUAUUGGUUUUUGAGGAUGAGCUCAGCAGCUUUUUGAAGAUUUGGAGAAUUUUGUAA